UUGGGCCCGCCCUCCCAAUCAUGUGAUUCUGGUGUUCCAUUCGCCUCCCAAUCAUGUGAUUCCGGUGUUCCAACCCCCUCCCAAUCAUGUGAUUCAGGUGGUCCAAUCCUCUCCCAAUCUUGUGAUUCAGGUGUUCCAAUCCCUCCCAAUCAUGUGAUACAGGUGUUCCAAUCCCCCUCAUCCCAAUCAUGUGAUUCUGGUGUUCCAUUCGCCUCCCAAUCAUGUGAUUCCGGUGUUCCAACCCCUCCCAAUCAUGUGAUUCAGGUGGUCCAAUCCUCUCCCAAUCUUGUGAUUCAGGUGUUCCAAUCCCCUCCAAAUCAUGUGAUACAGGUGUUCCAAUCCCCUCCCAAUCAUGUGAUUCUGGUGUUCCAAUCCCCUCCCAAUCAUGUGAUUCAGGUGUUCCAAUCCCCUCCCAGUCUUGUGAUUCAGGUGCUCCAAUCCCCUCCCAAUCAU